AUGGAGCACUGCGACGGGGAGAUCCCCGCCAAGCGACCCAAGAUUUCCGACGCGGGUGACGGCGGCAGCGAGGACCGCCUCAGUGCACUUCCUGAAGACAUUCUCAUCAGCAUCCUCCUCAAGCUCCGCGACGCCUCCGUCGCGGCGCGGACCAGCGUCCUCUCCAGUCGCUGGCGCCGCCUCUGGACGCUGCUCCCGCGGCUCCGGUUUCACCCCACCACAGAUCCCCACGGCAUCCGCGCCGCCCUGGAAUCACUUCAAGCGCAGGUCCUACUCCGCCUCCGCGUCGAUUUACUGCAUGCCUCUUCCGAGUCCGUCGCGGUCUGGCUUCCCAUCGCCGCGGAUCGCCUCUCCGGCAGUCUAUUCAUCACCGCGCCGUGGCCGAAUGAGACGGAGGAGGACGAGGCCGCGGAAAGAGGCGACCUUGAGCUGCCCUGCUUCGAGAACGCCAUCUCCAUCCGCCUCAAACUAGGGUAUUAUCUUGGCCUCGCCGUGUCACCUUCUGGAGUAUUCGCCCGGCUCAGCACCCUCUUCCUGGCUUGCAUCCAUCUACGUGGUCCGUGCACGCUUGGUGAUGUUGUCUCCUCGCAACGCUGCCCGGCCUUACGGAAACUCACUGUUGAUAAUGCCUGGGGUCUGGACAACUUUACAAUCCACUCGGAUUCUCUCGUACAAAUCGAGCUAAAGAAUCUGCACCCAGACGAUGCCCUUGGGCUGGGCAACUUCUCCAUUCAUUCCGAGUCUCUCAAGCAACUGGAUCUCACAAAUCUGUAUGGUUUGCAGCAGCUCACUGUUAUGGCACCCACACUCAUACUGUUAAAUGUGACCUGCUGCUUUGCUUGGAGCCAGAGUCAUAUUCAACCGGUUGCAGAAAUCUCCGCCCCUCAGCUGAAAUCCUUCUAUUGGAGGAAUCAUUAUGAUCCAAGAUUCGAGGAUGUGGACGAGGACCCAGAAGGAGGCCCCCUUGAGCUGCCUUGCUUUGAGAACGCCAUUUCAAUCCGUCUCGAACUAGAGUAUCAAGGCCUUGCGGUGCCACCUCUGGGCAUAUUCGCCAGGCUCACCCAUCUCUUCCUGGAGUGCAUCGAGUUACAUGGUCCGUGCAUGCUUGGUGAUGUUGUCUCCUCCCCACGCUGUCCGGCCUUACGGAAACUCGUUGUCCGUUAUGCCUUGGGUCUAGGCAACUUUGCAAUACACUCAAAUUCUCUCAUAGAAAUCGAGCUAAAUAAUCUGCACCCAGACGAUGCCCUUGGGCUGGGCAACUUCUCCAUUCAUUCUGAGUCUCUCAAGCUACUGGAUCUCACAAAUCUGUAUGGUUUGCAGCAGCUCACUGUUAUGGCACCCACACUCAUACUGUUAAAUGUGACCUGCUGCUUUGCUUCGAGCCAGAGUCAUAUUCAACCGGUUGCAAACAUCUCUGCCCCUCAGCUGAAAUCCUUCUGUUGGAGGAAUCGUUAUGAUCCAAGAUACGACGCGGUGGAGGACGCAGAAGGAGCCCCCCUUGAGCUGCCCUGCUUUGAGAAUGCCACUUCUAUCCACCUCGAACUAGAGUAUCUUGGCCUUGUGGUGCCACCUUUGGGCAUAUUCGCCAGGCUCACCCAUCUCUUCCUGGAUCGCAUCGACUUACAUGGUCCAUGCAUGCUUGGUGAUGUUGUCUCCUCCCCACGCUGUCCGGCCUUACGGAAACUUGUCAUCCAUGAUGCCUGGGGUUUAGGCAGUUUUGCAAUACACUCAAAUUCUCUCCUAGAUAUCGAGCUAAAUCAGCUACAUGGCUUGCAGCAGCUUACUGUCAUGGCGCCGGCACUCAAACGGUUAGUUGUGAUAUCAUGCUUUGCUGAAGGUUCUAAUUAUAAUGAACCGGUUGCAAACAUCUCUGGCCCUAAGCUGGUGUACCUCACUUGGAGGGAUGCCUACGAUUCAAGAUUCACCCAUUUUGGCAAGAUGGAAAAUCUCAAGUGGUUGGGAACAAACCCUUUUAUUGUGUAUGAUAGAGCUGAGUCUAACCAUAAAUUUUACAAUAGCCAUUGUACGGGGAUUUUAUGUCACUGGCGCCACAUCCAGAAUCUAAGCUUCACACUUAUCUUUCGAGCGAAGGACAUUACUAACUUGGAGUACUUGAUGGAGGAAAUUACAAGGUUCCCGAACAUUAUAAACUUAGCUCUGGAAAUAUUGGCAAGGGGACAUUCAUGUGGACCUAGUUUGUACCAUAUUCUCAGGAUGUGUACCGGUGUUAGAAAGUUGUAUCUUACACUUCUUGACGGAAUGGUUUCCCCAGGGGCACAAACUGCAUGUCUGUCAGGUUGUGUUUGCGAUCAGCCACCAAACUGGAAAACGAAUGAACUUGCGCUGAAUUGCCUCCAAGAAGUAGAAUUUUGUAAUCUGAUAGGAACUGAAAAUGAAGCUGGUCUAGUGAGGCGGUUAUUCGAUUGGGCAACAGUGCUAGAAACCAUGACAGUAACUUUCGAUAGCUCUGUAGCUGAAAGCAAGGCCAGGGAGUUCUGCAAGAUGCUUCAGAGCUUCUCCAGGCCAGCAAUAUGUUUGAAGGGGCCAUACUUUGCCUAAUCUAGCUGUAACCACGAGUCGAACAUGACUGAAGCUGUAUGUGCACCGCAGCGGCCUUUGAGAACGCGAUCUUGACUUGUCGCUUGUGCUGGUGCCUGGUGGUCGUUUUGGUAGCUGUCGUCUCGGUAUGUAAAUUGCACUAUGAGUGAACAUCGGAGUCUCUUAGAUCAUUCCGAGAUGUUAUCAGUUGCACUCUUUGCAUAUGGAUGUCUGAACUUUAGCUGUCACUGUCAAAACUCUAAACCAGUGGGUGUACUUGAGAUAUAAGCAG